AGAAGGGUUUGAAUUUCAACAAAAGUUCCUGGUUGGAGCCAAACUGGGUUUCAUAGUGUGCCCCUUAACCACAAGGCAACCACCGGGAUGCCCCCUCCCCCAUUUAGUGCCGCUUUCAAGGCAUGGAAAUAAUCCGCAGAGAUCCAGAGAUCAAAUUUAAGCAAAUGCAUGCAAAGCCUCCUGGAGUCCUUUCCUAUUGACUGCAGAUCAAUUUGUCUAACUCUUGCUAACUAAUCACUGCUUGCUUUGAAUUCCCCCAAAGCUUAGGAGCUUUUAUCUUGCUGACUAAUUGACAGUGAGGACUGUUUUCACACUGACACCGUGCAAUAGCUAUUGAUAUAAUGAAAGCUGAACUGGGGGUUUGAUGUGUAAUGAUGCGGGCGGCUACACACAGUAAGUGUUUACUAAUUUUUCAUGGUUGGUUUGGUUUUUGGCCGCCUCACACUGAUAUUCUGCCCGAGUUUAUUCCCUAAAUUUAGUGCAAAAUGCAAUCAAAUUGAAGUGUCCUUUGGCAGGUUUCCAUUCACACUGCUGGACAUUAAGUUUAUUACAGUAAUACAAACUAUAUGAGGUCCAAAAACAACAUUAACCACUUUAUAGUUGUGACCUUUGAGACUUAGUUUACAAAAGUUUGAGGUGUAAAGUAGUUCCAAUCAUUACUUUGAAUAUAAUAUUUCAUCUGAAAAUGCCCACUCAUUACUUUCAUCAACCUUGCAACAAUGACUUGUUGAAAAGCAAAUAUAGCACAAAAGUAUGAAUUUUCGUCAUUUAACAUUAUGUUCUUCUAUUAACAUACUGUUAAUAAGUGAAUAUCAAAAGAUCAGUCUCUACCAAGCAAGACCAAACUAUCUUUUUUCAGUAAAUUAGGGAAAGGGGGCAUCGAGGGAUAUACUCGGUGGCAAGUCGACCUACACAUUUUUUAUUUUGAUAAAAAAAAAAAAGAAUUUCCCUCAUCCACAAUAAGUUACGAGUCCCAUAAAUGCUAACGAUACACAAUGAAGCUAUCCUCUGCACAGGCUUUCUGUGGCGCGCGAUGUGUCAUCUCAUGAACAUCCUGUUGGCUCUGCUGAGUCGCUUCCUGUUUGCUGUCCACGGUGCGGUGACGGUGUGGCGCGUGGUGGCCGUUAAGGGGGAGCCGCUCUAUUGGCUGCUGCUGACGGGCGUGGCUCUGCUGGGCGUGGAAAUGGCCGUCACCCUGAAGUGCACCCGUAACGCAGAGUGGAAAUGGUUCUCCCCCAUGGUUUUCCUCUACCUCGGCACUGUCAUUCCCUCCAUUUGGUUUCUGGAGCUGAGCCUGCUGCAGUCCAAGCUGCCUGUCAACAGUUCCUCAGGCCCUGAGCUUCAUUUGCUGGCUCACAUCCCAAUCACAGCGGGCAUUGUGGAGUUGGAGCCAGAGAACUGGGUGGCUGGCCUGGAGCAAACCAUGCUCAUCGUGUUGGUUCUGGGCCGCUGGCUGAUGCCAAAGGGGGACAUGUCCCGGGACCAGCUUUCCCAGCUCCUCAUGGUCUACGUUGGCCUGGGCGCCGACAUCCUGGACAUCUUCGACACCUUCAAGGAACCUGAGGUCAAAACCAACCGGGUGGUCGUCAUCAUCGGCCUGGCCCUCUUCUCGUGGGCGCUCAUGCAGUUUCCCCUGGUGCUCACCCAGACGCGACCCCCGAAGGGGGAGUCUCCUCAGCGGCGCCCGGCCGGUCUCCUCUGCUGUCCUGGAGCUCCGGCCUCGUCCGCCUCCUGUUGCUCGAGUGAAGUGUGGAGCUUGCUGCUCACAGUGGGACUCCAGGACGGCCCAUUCCUGCUUUACCGACUCUACCUCAUGGUUCAAGAGCAGGUCCUCAACCAGCUCAUGAUCUUCUUCACCUGCAAGAACAUCCUCAUUGUCCUGCUGGAGCUUUACCGAAUCUUUGUGGUUCAGUGUGAGCAGCAGGUGGGGAAGUGGGGUUUGGAGAGGUGUGCUGCUCUGGUGCUCCGUUGUCGAACCGAGCAGGGUGGGGGGGUGGAGGAGAAACAGCAGGACACGGCGAUAGAGGCGUGGUGUGGAGAGCUGAGCUGUCACACAGACACGGUGGGGGGGACUGAGGCGGAGGAAGAUCAGAGAGAUGUCCAUGUAUUGAAAGGCUCAGAAUGCCGUGAGGCAUGACUUUAGCCCUUGGGUGGUUGGAGGUUGGGAAGGCGGGACGGCAGGAUGGCUUUCACACACCAAGAGAAAAGUCGAACCAAUCUGCCAUCUCUUGCAUCUCAGCCUCAUUCAGGGAGACAGUCUCAGUUCUCUGGAGGGUCAGUGACUAGAAAUAGACCACAGGAGAAGAGAAUAAGUCCCUACUGAAAAGACCAGAGAUGAAUUAAUGCAACUCCCUUUGAUAAAAACCUUAAAAAAAAAGAAGAAGUGGUGUUUCAGUCAGAGGAGGAUCCUCGACAGAAGAAAGCCCGUUCAACAAGUUUACAUGAACUUGUCAGUUGAUUUCGUAUGAGAAGUGAUUAAAAAAGGUUGCUGAAACCAAAUCCACAAAGCUGUGUGCUGUACAGUUCCAUGGGAUGACAGGAUUUCUUUAUGUUGUGCAAAUGUAUUUCUGAUAAAAUCAUGGUAAUGAUAAUGAUCAUAUAGACACAUUAUAUGAAAUGAAUGUUUCGGGAGGCUUAAGAUGACUUGCUUGUGUCUUGCUUAAAGUAAUAAACAUUUUUCUUUUAAAGAUGCUUGAGAAAAGCAUGAAGUGCAGAUUUUUUUUUUAAUUCUCUGAUCACCAUGAGAUGGCAGUGUUGCCAAGUCAACCGAAGCGCUGCACGCAAAAUAAAACAUACAGUGAUCACUUGAGUGGAACAUGCAUGUCAGUUACACGGGGGGAGCACAACUGUGAGAGAGCUACACAAUAACACAGUGGCAGAGCUGAACCGGACUUUUUUUUUAGUAUGAAAAUCUCGCUCGGUUUUUCUUUUUUGUUUUUGUUUGACAUCAUUAUACAAUAAGGAUGUGAGUCAUGUAAUGAAUUCAUUUAAAAGAUUUAGUCACCUACAGGCCGAGGCUAAAUAAUUAACAGUCUGAUGCGGUCGACGUAGAGACACCUCACACAGUAUAACAAGUAGGAGGGGAGUGAAGAGGCUUGCUUCAUUUGUCAAGGUUCAUUUUCCUCUUGAGCACAAUCAGCCCGUGGCAGCCUGUUUGAGAGCUCGGUGCAUUUUUAUUACUGUAUGUCUGAAAAGGCACCUCCGUGAUUAUGUGGGAGUUGUUCUAGUUCGACGCGAUCUGCUCUCACUUUCUCUCUUGUGAGAGAUGGAAGGUGCUUUUGAGAUAUUCCUCCACAGCGAAUAAAAGCGAGAGCCUCUUUCGAGGGGCCGACAAAAGAGAAGUGCUCGAGCAGGAGCCAGGGGUCUCAAGGUUUCGAGGCCACUUCACGUCGGGGACAAACAGCCGCAGCGCCGUCCCUCCUUCCCCAUUUACGGAUGACCCUCUCGUUCCGUGUCCCUUUGUGUCGGGCAGACUCUGAAUCUAGAGCAGUGAGUGGCAAUUCAAUCAAAGGCCUUUUAUACCACUGCCUUGUAUCUGUCUCCAUCAAAUCCCUGCACUUCACCUGACCUGCAGUAUGAUGACGGGAGAUGAGGCCCUGGACAUGUGAGGAGCCUUGUGUUUUCAAUUUGCUCUUGAUAUAAGCAAAACAUACUGUACAGAGCCAGAAGAAGAGUGUGUUUUCCCAAUUUUGGCGUAUGUGCUUGCAUAUACGGCAUAGAACAUGAGCUGGAUUUCUCUAAACUGAUGACCGUAGGCCAUACUUCCGGGGGCAUUUGCUGGAGAGCACAACUGUAUUUCCUCUGUUCAAUUUUUGUUAAAGUUGGCACUUUGGUCUAACUUAUUGACGGUAAAGCCACCUUUUAAGAGAAAGAAGAGGAAAAGUAGAGUCCCCAAUGGGAUAAAUCAAUUUUUUCCAGCAACACAAUGCCGUCUACGCCCACAGAGUGCUAGAUUGUGCCCGAUUUACAAAGUCACUCCGAGGGAAAUGACAUCACACAGAGA